GUUGGGUUGUAUGUGAACUGAAAUCAGUGUCAAAACCGCUUUGGCGCGCUCCCUUGAUUGCCGCGCUGCGUUCGAGCGACAACCCAACAACCCAAUGGGCAAGCAAGCGAGCAAGCAACGACAAGACAGGAACGGCGAGUGCAACCACGACGACGAGGAGGGACGUGGUGGGGCGGUGCACGCUGCUUGCCCCGUGGUGUCUGCUGUUGUUUGCUUGAUUGAAGAAGAGAGCAAGGAGGAAACAAGGGCGGCGCAAUGUCGAGCAGGUACUUGCAGCAGCUUCACCGGCUCAAGCGCAAAGCCGAGGCAAACAACAACACCGCGGAACUGCGCCAGCGAUGCUGCGAGAUUGCACAAGCGCACAUCGAGGCCAACAGCCCUGGUCUUGCCCUCACAGAGCUCCAAGAAGCAUUGCUCCUCAGCGGCGAGGAAGAUCUGCUGGUGCAUCGCACGCUGGCAGACUGCUAUGCUCGCAUGAGCGACUUUUCCGGGGAGCUGACCCACAGGCAGAGGCACUUGGACAUUGCAGAGAAGGCAAACGACCCAAUCGAGAAACAACGCGCCUUGAACAACCUCGGCACAUGUUACCUCGAAGAAGGCACAGAUGAGUCAUUGAGGAAGAGCUAUACAUAUCUUGAGCAGUCGCUGGCACUCAUUCCCCAAUGCCCUGACGAGCGCCAACGCAAGGACAUGACAAUGAGGUGCAUCUACAACAUGGGCCUGGUGAAGAUGAGCGCAAGCAAUCCAUCCCGCCGCCAGCUGCUCAGAAGUCUCACUCACUUUGAGAAGGCCGGGGUGAUGGCGCGGUCCCUCACCCGCUGGACCUUCCACGCAAUGGCUUUGGCGCGAAUAGCAGAGGUGCAACGUGUACUGGGGAGAGACAAGCGCGCCGUCACUGCGUUUCAACGCGCGCUCGCAGCACAGGAGAAUGUGCCUGCCGAUGACCGCGGCCUGGUCAGCUUACACGCGCCAAGCACGUCAGCAUCGUCGCUGGGCACCAGCUCACGAUCCCUCGUCAUUGGCGGCGCUUCAACCACGACAGCAGCGGGAGGUGGCAGUGGCAUGGGUGCAACCGGUGGUGGUACAGCCGCAGCAGCAGCCGCGGUGAGUGGCCAGAUUGCCCUGAGCGAGGUGCCUGUGCGCGUCGCCCUGAUGAUGGGGCUGGCGCACGUUCACCUCGACCACGGCCGUGACAGAGAUGCGGUGCAGGUGCUGCGAAACGCGUACAAGCUGCUGCAGGCGCCACGGACCAAGCUGGUGGUGCCGCGAGAGACGCGCGUUGCGUUGGCUGCGCUCUUGCGUCAUGCACGCAUGUCUCUCAAGGCCAAAGUCGAGAUCACCAACAUGGAACUGACGCAAUCAGCGCCGAGCGUGCUGUGCGCGCGCCUUGAGGCCCUGGCAGACGCCGUGUGCGAGGACGAGCCUGCGCCACGCCGCACGCAGGCGCUGCGAAUGUACGCGCGCGUUCAGCGAGAGCGAGAGCGGGCAGGUGGUGGUGACGAUGGGAAGUGGCCUGGCUGCAGCUCACUUUCCGAUGUGUAUGCGUCCAUUGGCCUCACGUUGUCCGAGCUGCACGUGUACACGCGCGCGUACUUUGCGUAUCGCCACCAGCACGAACAGCUGACCCGUCGGCUCGCAUCCGCUGUGGACGCGAAGACGCAGCGUGACGCGGCGUGGGAUGUUGCCACGGCACUCUUCAACAUGCAUCAGAUGCUGGCGUGGUGGGAGCACACGUGCGUGCGUGAUAGGGGCGAGCGCGACGUGCUGUGCAUCCAUCCCAAGCAGCGACACAACCACAAGCGAAAGCAACGGCGAGGCCCGACAACACACAGCCACCCUGAUGCGACAACAAAAACGGCAGCGAAGACGACGACGACAACGCACAGGCAAGCAGCGCCGGGACACCGCCGCGUCACAGCACUGCGGCUGGUGCUGAGCAGUGAUGACGACAAUGACAGCGGGCACGAGGAGAGUGGAGUGGACACGAGCACAACGCGACGGGGACGUGUGAGCGGUGACAGCCGCAGUGGUGAUGGUGAUGAUGACGAUGGUCGUGGUGAUGAUGGUGAUGAUCACAGUGGUGAUGGUGAAGAGGACGUGAGUGCCGGCAGCGCUGAUAGCGGUGAUGGUGAUGACGAUGACGACGACAGUUGGGAGCAGGACGAGCCUGAGACACAGGGCGGUGACAGCCAGGACCCUGCGCAUGUCCUGGGCGUGCAGCCGACUGUGAGUCUCGCAACAGCAACCCAACGCAUCACCGCAACCGUUUUUGGAACACCAGGCAUUAAGUCGCGGUGGUUUGUGGACACACGCGCGUGGCUUUCCCUGCAGUCAGCGGCGGUGGUGACUAUGUUUGCUCUGGGGAGGCGGGCACGGCUUGUGCUUGCAAGCAAACACCUCUCCGCUGCACUUGCACACGUUCUGCCCAUUGCGUCGCGCUCGUGUACGCGAGAGCAACACGACACGAUCAAGGAGUGGCUGCGAGCGUAUGACGACAUAUCCCCAGCCAUCGCCUCAGCGUCAUCGCACGGCCACACUGACAACCGUACUGGUUAUGAUGACCAUGAUGAUGAUGAUGAUGAUGAUGAUGAUGAAGACGACAUGAACAGCAGCUUUGCGAGCAGCGGUGAUGGAUGGGGUGAUGGUGUCGACGCCAUCUCGGCUGUGCGUGACAUACGAGCACUCAUCGCACGACAGGAGGCGGAAGGUGCUGACGCCUUGCCGACUGAUGCUGCAGGCGAAGGCAGUGAUGGUGGUGCCAAUGCUGCUGAUGGUGAUGAUGAUGGUGAGGGUGGUGCUGAUGGUGAUGAUGAUGACAAUGAAGACGCUGGCACUGAGGUGUCACUGACGGAUUCGGACCCUGAGCGCACGGCGCGGAUGGAGGAAGAAGCGAAGCAGCGAGCAAAAGCGCGUCUGUUCCGCACGAACGAGAAGGGCGAGACCCCGUUGCAGGAGGCGGCGAGGAAUGGCAAUCUAGCUGCUGUGCGGCGGCUGCUGAGCAAAGGUGCGCCCGCCAAUACACGCGACUACGCUGGCUGGACGCCACUGCACGACGCAGCAGACGGCGGCUACGAGGAUGUGGUGGCGCUGCUGCUGGAGCAGGAUGGCGUGGACGUGAACGCGCAGUCAUCGCGCAAGACUGAGCUGCGAACGCCCUUGCACGAGGCGGCACAGGCAGGCCACGCAGGGGUUGUGCAGCUGCUGCUGGACCACGGCGCCGAUCUGUCCAUGGAGGACAGCAAGGGCCACACUGCCCUGGAUGUUGCAGCCAUCAACGAGGAAAGUGGCGCGUUUGACGUCCUGCGAGAGGCAACGCUCGCCCGCGCUGCUCGUGCUGCUGGUCGUGCUGCUGGUCGUGCUGGUGGCACUGGUGAUGGUGGUGGUGGUGCUGACCACAGUGGACAUGGUGGUGACGAUAACAGCUGUCGCGCUGAUGCUCACCACCGCCAGCAGCAGCAGCAGCAGCAGCAGCAGCAGCAGCAGCGUGUGGAGAUACCAGAAGACAUGAACGCGUACCUGGAGCAGCGUGAACAGGAGAAGAGGGAACGCAAGAGAAGGCGGCAGUUGGAAUUGGAGGAAAAGAGACAGCAGCAGCAGCAGAGACAGAAACAGGCUCAGCAAAGCGCCCUCAGUGGCGCGGACGCAACACAGCGGCUGAUUAAGCAACUUCUUCGCAACAAGAAGAAGCGAAGCACAAGAAGUGGUGCCGGUGGUAAUGGUGGAAGCGGCAGCGGUGUUGGGCGCAACAAUGGUGGUGGUGACGAUGACGGUGAUGAUGACGAGGAAGAGGAAGAGGAAGAGGAGGCAGAAGAAGAAGAAAGGUACAGGGGUCACCACCUUGUGUCGUUGUCGGACAUUGCAAUGUCCCACGUGCCACAGCGGCUGUUACGCGACAACCCGGCGCGGAAGCGAGGGCUGCAGCCGGCCCGCUUCGCUGAUGAUGACGAUGAGAAGGAUGGCGCGGCAAAGGGCGACUAUGAGAUCCCCGUGCGCCUUCGCGUGUCGUCUGGUGCUGAAUCGUCAUCGGAAUCGUCAUCGUCGUCAUCUUCAUCGCUCUCUGAUAUGAGCGAUGAUGAUGGUCAUGGUGGUGGUGGUGUUGGGAGGAUGGAUGUACGUGCGGGUGACCUCUCCCAUGACACGAGCGACGACAAUGACGGCAGCGUUGGGGAUGGAAUGCAGCGUGGUUCCACCCAUCAUGUUCGCGCACGCCGAGCCCGGCCUAGCGGUGCAGCCACAACUGCUCGUGGGCGGUUGCACCAGCACACAGCAGCAGCAGCAGCAGCAGGUGGUGGUGUGAGGGCGGGGGCAACGGCAAAACGGAAGCGCCGCAUGGUGAGAGAGCGCCGACAGUGGUCUCUUGUGGACGAGUGGUUCCUGGAUGACAGCGACGACGACAACAAUGGUGAUGUUGAUGGCAUGGGCGAUGAUGAUGAAGGUGGAAGUGCUGUCGUGUCGCCGGGAGGGCGAGGAGCAGACGAAGUGCCGGAUGGUGGCGAGCAGCGGUCACUCUACCGCCGCAUCCUGAACGAUGAGGAGGAGGAGGACAUUGAGGUCACGUACCCAACAUCCCUCACGCAACAACAACAACAACAACAACAGCAGCAGCAGCAGCAGCAGCAGCAGCAGCAGCAACAGCAACAGCAACAGUCGGGUGCUGGUGCGGCGCGAACACCAGCAACAGCAACAAGUGCGCUGACAAAGGCGCCGUCGCUGCCACAGUACGAGCGACGACAGCUGCAGUUUUCGUCCCCGCCAUCGCCGGCAGGGCAGCGUUUUGCCUCGCACAUCGACGCAUCGCCACCACAAACAACCUUCCCACGCGGCUCAGAGGCUUCAUCAGCCCCGCGCACGACGCACACCAAACGCCACCACCACAGCCGCACCCGCCGCGCCUUUGGUCACACCGCGCACCAGUCUCGAACCCACCACGGACUUCAUCGUCGCCAUCACAGCAGAGACACAUCGCUUCUCUCGCACAGCGCCAGGCACCGCAGCAGCAGCAGAGGUGGUGGUGCGAGUGGUGUCACUGGUGUUGGCAGGCAGAAGACGAAGAGGAGGAGCAGAAAGGGCCAAAGCAGACAGCCACGCCUUACCUCUGGCCUGCUGGGAGCGACGGCGCUGAGUGACGCCGAUGGUGAUGGUGGCGGGUGGGUAGGUUGGGGUGCUGCCGGUGGCAUGAACGAUGGUGUUGGCGGCGGUGAUAGCGAUGAUGCUUUCAGGGACGGCGACCGCCUGAACAUCACGCGACGAAAGCGCAAGCACAGAAAACGGAAGCACAAGAACAACAAGCACAAGAACAACAAGCACAGGCACCGAAGUGUGGCAAGCGACGAUGAGGAUGAUGACGGCAUCAUGGGAGGGCGUGGUGUUGGGCGUGUGUCGGUAUCGGCUCACCGGCUGCGUCUGCGGCCGUGGGAUGUGGACAUGCUGGUGUCCAACACAACGGCAAUGGACAGCGAUGAAGAUGACAGCGCGGUGGGGUGGAACGCGCGUGGCGGUCGACCAGCGAGCGACCAUCGCUCCAGAUACGCAGGAGGUGGUGAAAGCGGUGUGGGAAUGGAAGGAGCACCAAUGUCCACCACCUCGGCCACGACCACUGCAAGACACACAAGUGGUCGUGGUUCGGGUCGCCCUGUGUUUUCACUUCAGCCGCAGUUCCUGCAGACGGAUGUGAAACGAAUUGGAGGCACUGCUCCUGCGACGAAGGCCUUGGACAAUGUUGUUUGCUUUGUGCAAUGUCACAUCAAAGGCACGCACGACCACGUGUGCUUUCCCCUCUUUACCGUUUCAGUAUCGACGACCCAUCUCAAAGAACAGGUGAAGCUGGCGCAUGUGCGCACAUUUGGUUGCGACAUUGACAUUCAGCGGCUCACGAAUGGCAAGGGAGAGACGCUGGAAGGGGUGCUGCUGACGAGCGAGUUGAAUUCGGCGCCGCGCUCGCAGUUGAGCAGAACGACCAAGCGGCCCGUGCGUGUGUUGGGCGUUGUCGGUCGCGCCAUCGUGACGCACAUGGCUGGAGAUGGUGCCGGUCAUGGGAAUGGCGAUGUGGUGGUGUCGACUGCAAGACCCGCAGACCGUUUGAAUGCCAUGCUGAGACACGCACGUGAGCGCGUGACGGGCACAAAAGGCAGCAGCAGUGCCAGUGGCAGUUGUGUGCGUGUGGAUGGCGAUUGCGAAUGGGACGCGUUCAUGUGGAGCGAUGGCUCUCUUUCGGCUGUCGAGCAAUCUCUCCACCAGGCGGACAUGCGGAAGUUUGCGUUUGGUGAUGGUGCAAUGUCGCUUUCAGCAGCGGCAAUCACAUGUGUCAUUCGCUCUCUUCGCUUCUCCACUGCCAUCACCGAGCUUGACUUGUCCAACAGCCAGGCCAAUGACCAGAGUUGCGUCAUGCUCAGCACGUGUGUGUGGGCGUGGCCAAACCUGUCUCGCCUCUCUCUCGCCAGCUGCACCAUCACCUCUGCGGGUGUAUGUGCGCUGCUGCGUGCUCGUCGCCCAGCGGGAUCCACUGCGGAUGUGUACGCAAAAUUGAAGACCUUGGAUGUUUCGCACAACGCACUGGAUGGGCUCGACCAAAGCCUUGUUGGCUCCUUUCUCUCCGCUCACUUGCACACACGCGUGGUUGCCAUUGGUUGUGGGCUGCGAGCACAUGCGUGGCCACCACGCGUCAUUGUCGCUGCCAGCGAUGAGGAGUGCUGUACCAAUGGGGGUGACGUCACAAGACAGCUCAGCCGGCAUGUCGCAGCAUUGAAGGUGAGCGCUGACACGCCCGCGCUGGAUGCGAGCGGGACCGCCAUGACCGAACACCGGUUCUCAACGCUCUUGCAGACGUUCUCAUCGCACGCGUUCUUGAAUCUACGCAGCAUUCGUCUCUCCGCCUGCCACAUCACAGUUGCGAUGGCCGCCGAUGUGUUGCGUGCGCUGGAUGCUAGCACGUGGGCGCGAAGAAUCGACCUUGACCUAUCGUUCAACCACAUUGACACGCGCAUGUGUCCACUGCACAGCCGAGAUGAAGCAGCAUCAUCGAGCAGCGCCACGACCACUGCAACAAUGGCAACGACGAGCAGCACAACGUGCGCGGGUGAAGCGCUGUGGCAAACAGUUGCAGACACGCUCGGGCGGUUUGCAUCGAUUGAUUUGUCCUACAAUCCGAUUGCCGACGCGUGCAGGGCACACGCACAACACCGCCUCAAUCCAUCGUCGUCGCCUGUGUCAUCUUCAGCAGCAGCACUUCAGCCGUCACCAUCGGCACCAUCAGCGCCCUCGCAUUGCAUGUUGCCGCGUGCGUUUGUCAUCUUGAGUGAUGUGCAACAGCUCGAUGCCAGUCCACACGCGAGUGCACACACCACGUCUUCUUCUUCUUCUUCUUCUUCACAGCAACAGCAGCAACAACGGCGACAGCGAGGGUCACAGCUGCACGGCGUGCAGGAGGACAGUCAGGACUUGCAUGAAGUUGCAGACAGCAUGCUUCGCUGGCUCGAGAGCAACGAGUGGUGAUUGUGUGUGUGUGUGUGUGUGUGAUUGUAUCUGUGUGUGUGUUGCUGGUAUCGCUGUGUGAAUGUGUACCUCCGUGUUGUUUGUAUCGCUGUGUGUGUGUGUGUUGCUGUUAUCGCUGUGUGAGUGUGAGUGUGAUUGUGCAUAGCGCCCCAAACCCGCCAUGCUUGCGUUGGUCCCAUUUCUUGUCGGGGCUAGGUCUUCGAGGAGUGUUCCAUUUUGAAUCAGGCUUCCAUAUCCAAAUUGAACAAUAACAGGCGAACGCGGCACGGGUCAUUCGCGUUGAGCACACAAG